AAUGAGCGCGCGGUGCGCAGCCGUAGCUUGAAGAUGUCGCAGCCUUUUGCUCCCCAUGGACGAGCCCUCUACACAAUGGUCGCCUUCUGACCUGAAGGCAAGGCUCACGACGUCAAAGUCGCCCCGCUAUGCACUGGCGAAGAAGGAACCUGCUAUCUACCUCGCCGACGGCCGGUUCCACCGUUCUCUGCGCUGCCCGCGCACCGACAAACGCGUCACAUUCGCAGAGAUUGGCCCGAGCUCAGGUUCCCCUGUGCUCGUGUUUCUGCCUAGCGUUUGCACGCGCUAUGUCGCGAUAUAUCUCGACUUGCUAGCGGAGGAGUUGGGGGUGAGGUUGAUCGCGAUGGAUAGACCAGGGUGCGGGGGGACGGAGCGCUGCGAGCUGAGAGAGCGCCUUGACGUUGCUUGUAUGAUGACGAGAUCGCUCGUCGAGCAUCUGAACCUGACAGAUAUGACCUUGCUCGCAUGCUCUGCGGGGUUUAUACAUCUCUUGGAAUAUAUGCGUAGAUAUUCCGGUCAGACCUCGGCUUCGCACCCUACAGUCAUCCUAGUGUCUCCGUGGGUGCCAGGAAAUCGUUACCUAUCCCUUAUCCCGGCGCCCCUGAUUGAACACCAGGACGUUAUCCUCCCAUCCGUCCAGAGGACUGUCGGCUCUACCAUCCAAGCGUACGGUCGUGUCAAGCAAUACGCUUCCCGGAUUCUGCCUGCGAGGAAGGAGACACCUCAGGUCGAGGCAUCGAAGAAAACGAACACCGCUUCCGGCGAGGAGGAAGAAGGGAAGAAAAAGAGAAAGAAGCAGAAACCGCCCACCACCACGCUUACAGCGUACUCCUUCGCACUUUCGGAUCACAGUGGCGAAAGUGAGGACCUUGUAUCCAAAUACCGCGUCGCCGAAAGCAUGCAAGGCAUGGGUCAGGAACACCUGCUGUGUUUAGGCAAGGACGUCCCGGUUCAGCAGUUUGGCGACGUGAAGUGCAAGGUCGGCUCGAGAGAGUGGAUGCAAUGGACCCUGGCCGAAAUCGGACGUCAAGUCGCCUCUACAGAGAAUACGGUCCAGAAGGUCGAGGUUCACGUUUGGUGGGGUGAGAAGGACGGUCUUGUGCCGAAAUCCGCGCGAGACUACCUUGAUCAAAUCUUCACGUCCGAGUCGGCUAUGACCGCCUUCUCAUAUCACCCUCGGGUGCUCCCCGGCGUUGGCCACGACGAUCCCGUGUCUUAUUUGGAAGGCGUUGGUGAGGCAUUGUGGGUCGCGCGGCGCCGCGCUGAAGAGGCCGCCCUCAGCAUCGAAGGUGAUCCGAGAAACGAGCCAGAUUCCCAAUCCAUUCCUACGGAGGCGGAAACAAUAUUGAAUUGACGGAGGGGGGUAGUCGUGCAGACAUUAUUUGAUCUUGCUUCCAGCAUUCUAGUACAUGUUCUCAACACAUCAUACUUGAAAUGGCGUCCAAUAGAUC